CGGUACGUCGGCGUUAGUAGCUGAUCAGAACUUCACCAGUGCUGUUCUAAAAUCCGGUUCCCUGCAAGUGCUUUGCUCUCUGCUUUCCAACCGAUUAGUAGCAGCCGCAAGCGACCCGCAAGUGCAAGUGUGUAGCAAACAUCUUUUUCCGAAGAGCAACUUAGCUUACUUCGGCCCUCUGUCGUCGGUCGGUCUCUGGCCGUCCUUGACGUAUUGUGUGUGUGUGCGUGCGACUGGCAGGCCAAGUUCAAACCGGCUGCUUCACCGGUACCGACUCGUCACCAAACACCGGCGAAUCUUACCGAGGUUCGAAUACGGAGACCACCAUCGGAAGGUAUCGGAAUGAGAGCGGCGACAACGCACAGCAAGGGCAUGGUGGAUCGGCUGCUGACAGUGGUCUACAUUCUGGUCACUGUCGGGGCCAUGAUCAGUCUCGUUGGUGCCGGUUUGCCUUCCGUUCUGCGUGCCUGUCCCCGUAACGCCACCGACCUAAACCAAUGCAUUAUCGAUGUGGUGAACGAGCUGCGGCCACGGUUGGCGACGGGAGAUUUCGGCGAAAACUUUACCAUCACCUCCCUGGAACCAAUCAAGAUCGACCGUUUGAAGAUUGAGCGGGGUGAGAACUUUAAAGCUAACUUUACCAACUUCCGCAUUAGCGGAGCUACACACGAGAAGACGGGAUUCAUUGUGAAGAAGUUGAAAACCGACAUAGACAAUCGUCAGAUUAAUGCGACUCUGCUUCUGCCGAAGCUGCAGGUCAAUUCGAAGUACUCCCUCAAGAUGAGCAUUUUGGUGCUGCAAAUUAACGGUGAUGGUGACCUGCAGGUGAAUUUGACCGACACGAAGGUAAGCCUAAAGCUAACGUUCUACACGGAAAUGGUCGACGGGGAGGAAUACUUCCGGUUCAAUCCGAUCAAUCUGCGCGUGAAGUUCGGCAAAGCACGGUUCUAUCUGAAGAAUUUGUUCAACGGUGAUCCCACGCUGGAGAUGAUCGGCAAUCAGGCGAUCAACGAAAAUCCGGACGUACUGCUGGACGAGGUGAAGAGCGGCAUUGAGGAGAAUUUGGCCAAACUGUUCACCAAGAUUGCCAACGAAGUGGUAAAGGAUGCAUUGUUCGAAGAAGUGUUUCCCUGGAGCUAAGUGAGCUUUGUGAUAGGCGGUUUGGCAAGCAGCGCAAUGGGCAGGCAAACUACACACGAAAGAACAUAAAUUGACAAAAUCAAACAAUUCAGCAUGUUGUGAUGUGUUCCUUGAAAUCUGUUGCGGCAUUAUGUUUUGAGGCGGAUUUGAAGGAGCUAUUGAUACAAUAAAUAUGGAAACUGUGUUUUAUUUUUUCGUAAAA